AUGUCAGCGGGAGAGGAAACGCCACUUCUACUCCCUCCGCCUCCACCCAACGUCGACGACCUAGCUCGUGAUGUUGCUAGGGUCGCCGAAGACGUCGGACGUCUACGGGAGGCGUUCAACAGUCAUGACAGCAAGGUUGAUAAUCUUAGUCAGGCCCUAAAGCGUGCUUCAACUCAGUUAGCCACCCAAUUGGACACCAUUGGGAAGUUGAAGAGCCAGCUUCAACAUAUCCUCGAGCAGCUGUCUCGCCGUGUGGAGGAAACGGCGGCAGAUUUUGCGAGCAGGGACGCCGCAACCUCUGCCCAGCUCUGGGAACUGAGUUGGAGGAUUGUCAUCGUCGGAGCGAUCUUCAACCACGUCCUUAUCGGCACGCGGUCCGUCCGGCGCUUCACGUGUCUACUUCUCCGGACGAGCUUUAGGCUCGUUCUCAAUGUCCGGAAUAAUUCGGUUUCGUCUGAUGAGGGCACCGGUCGCCGUGCGCGGCGAUUGCCGACAAUGGCGCCGAUGGCUGCGCGAUGAAUGCCGGGUUGAGAUUCGACGUUUCCGACGGCUUCCACUUUUUCGACCACGCGUCUAGGUGCUCCGAGCGCGAUCGCGAGCAUCUCCACGACGCCUGAUGUAUCACUUCCUUUGCACACGCUCUUUUUUCUCUUUUACAUCUCUUGCUCUAUUCUCGUCGUCUGAACGAUCGGGAGCCCUGAUGGCUUCGGCGUCGCCGCAGCACGCGGGUGUCGGAAUAACCUUAGUAUUCAGGGACAGCCUGGGCGAGCUGCAUCGUUCCCGGUCGAGGUCUUCGCUAACGCCCGACUUCUCCGAAGGAGUCAAUCAGCUCGGCCAGAGUACUUCUUCAACUCCGUCAACGACUGCGGGUACGCCGAGCUCCCAGAACUCCAACUGAUGACGCCAAGGUCCCGGGCAAAGGC